GAAGUUUCUGACAACCACGGUCGCCAUUUGUCUGAUUUUUCCUUCGGCUUGGCAGAAAAUGCAUUUUCACUAGGAAAAUACAACAAAGUUUCAUCAAAUUAGUGGAAAAACUCGUGUAUUGCGGGGCAAAAGGUGAAAGUGAGGUGAAAAAGAAACCGCAGAGGUUAUACUUUGUUGUGAAAAGUGCGAAAAACAAGUGGUGUCUACGGCAACAUUCUCGUGGAAUUUCCAUCAAUUUUCACGCCUAUUUUCUCCAUACAACCCAAUGCGAUUGACAUCUGUAGUCGCUUGAGGAGAGAAAAUGGAAAAUCCUGAAGGGGAAAGUGAAGCAGUGGCGCCGGAACAGCCGGUCAACAAUGUCGAUGGGAAGCAUUCGGAGGAGGAUGCUGCACCCAAGGAGAGUGAGAAAGUUCCGGAAGAAGAGAAAUCCAAUAAUGUGGAUGGGGGUGUAAAUGAAGAGCAUGCUCCGGAGGUGAAUGAUGCUGAAGAGUCACAGGAGGAAGCUGCGGUGGAAGAUGCAGCAACGACGGAGAGUGUAAAGACACCGGGAGAUGUAGAAAUGCGUGAUGUGUCGGAUGACACACAGGAAGAUCCGGCGGAUGUGCAUCAAUCGGAGGAGGUAAAUGUAGCUGAAGGUGUGCCCCAGACGGAGGAAGAGAAGGAAGAGCAGCUGAGGCAGUUGCAGGAACCUGAUCCCUUUGCGGCUACAGAGCACGCUGAUGAGCCCAUGGAGACAACAGAUAUUUCUGAGAGUGUAGACGGGGCGAGUCAGAGUCCGAGUUGUGUGGAGGAGGACACCACCAGCAAACAAGGGCAGGAAGAUGAGGCGAGUAAGCCGGGGCAUGAAGGAGAAGAGAGUAGCAAACAAGGGCAGGAUGAAGAAGCUGAGCAGGAAGCCCAUAAAUCCGGGGAUGAAGGACAAUCAUCACGUGACCAUCCCGAAGAAAGCACAGAUAGCGUAGCGAGGGACAAUGAGGAGGAGGAGGAGCAUAGUCGUCAUGAUGGUGGAGACUCCCAGGGAGUAAGUGAUCAAGGAAAAGACCAAAGCUACGAUCUCUUUGAUUGCCUCCGAAGUUCCGAGACAAAUGAACAACCACGGAGGGAAGCAACGGAUAAACCAGACAGUUCUCAUCCCGUUGACUCCGAUGACGAUGACAACCACGCUGGGGAUGAACCAAUGGAGACCUCAGUAGAUGACAGAGAUGACGACGAAGGAAAUGCAGCAGAUGAAAGUACAGCCCAGGAUGUCACUGCUGAUGAAUCCGGCGACGUUCCCGAUGAGGAAGAAUCGAGGAAUGAUCAGGAGGAGGAUGUUUGUUUAAUUCCCGAUGAAGAACGUGAAAUCUCCGAAGCUGAACGUGAAGCUCUCCUAGCUCAGGAAGCUGCUGAAAAGGAGAGGGAAUCAACAGUUGAGGACACAGAAAUGAAUGAAGAUCAACGUCAGGCGGAUGAUGCUCCACACGAGGGUCCCUCUGAGGGUGCAGGAGAUGAGAAUGACAUCACCCAUGAGACUUCCACGCAACAAGACUCUUCCAUGGAAGUGACAGAGAGUACCACAUUAGCACCCAAUGAGAUUCGCGAGGAAGCUCAAGCCACGAAAGAUCCCGUUGAGUGUCUUCAGUGCAAAAAAUCCCUAAAUUGUGUCUUCUCCGUCCUUCAGGAGGGAGAAGUGAAGAAUUUAUGUAGUUUUGAGUGCGUUGAUGCCUUCAAGGCGGCAAAUACGGACAAGGAAUUCACUCUUAAUCUCCAAAAGUUGUCCAUCUACAUCAUCCUCGAGAUAGGAAAGACAUGCAUCAAGUGCAACACUAUCAAGUUGUGCAAAUAUCGCUUCAAGAAGACAGCAAAUGCAGAAUAUAGCUACAUUUGCGACCAAACUUGUCUCAAUUCCUUCAUCCCACUUCAAACUGAGCAAAAGUGCGUUGUGAUUCGCCGAAAGUAUCUAAUUGAGGAAGUCCCCACGGAUGCGGAGGAGCAAAUGAAUAAAUGCUACCAAUGUACAGAUGAUAAAGUUUGCAAAUUCAUCUUUCGUCAGGAUGACGAUGAGUUCUUCCUCUGUCAGGAGGACUGUGUGAAUUUGCUGCUGCUGGAGCAACCGGAUCGCUUCCGGUUGAAGCACCGAACGACGGUACGUGUGCGUGAUUUGCCCAAAGAGAGCGGUGGGUCGGCAACAGUUAUCACAAAUGCCACCUCAUCGUCAGCGGAUCACGAAACUUUCGGUCCGGAUUCAUCGCAACUCGUUGCACGGACACCGGAGGAGGUGGAACAGGCACGUAUUGAGCGUGAACAGAGCUUCCUACGUGUGUGCGUGCAGUGCUUCAGUCAGAUUACACCAAAUGAUAAGAGUAUCAUCUGGGAAACAAUGGAUUACUGCAAUGAGCAAUGCCUGCAAACCUAUCAAACAAUGAUGCUCAGCACAUGCAGCCUGUGUGGGUUGUCAACACCUGCAACGAGUAUUGGGAAGUAUUGUGUACGAUUUGGCUAUCAAAUUCGCCAAUUCUGCCAAACGUCGUGUUUGGCUGUCUUCAAGAAGGGUCUCAAGAUGUGUUCGUACUGUCAUGAGAACAUGGUGGACAAAACGGGCAUCCUGGCGGCCAUUGGACCCACACAAUUCAAAGAUUUCUGCUCGAAUGAAUGCAAAGAUGGCUUCCUAACCGUUGUAAUGGGCAAGAAGCGGCACACAGUGGCCGAUUGUGGGGUUUGUCGCAACAAGAAGCCCGUCCGGAAGGAAGUUAUCAUGGAUGGGGUGACGUUCAAACUGUGCUGCAAUGCAUGCUUCUCAGCCUUUAGCUUUGUGAACAACCUCACGGCGGAUCAGUGCAAACUCUGCAACAAAUACUUUGAGCGCAAAAGCAGUUCAUCAUUCACAAUUUACGAUGAUUUCAACCCGAAUAUCUUCUGCUCCAAGAUCUGCUUCAAUCUCUACAUUGUGCAAAAUCGCAAAAUUGUCCCGUGUUCGUGGUGUAAAGUGAAAAAGUACAAUUUCGACAUGGUCCGUCGGGGCGCUGGAGCAAAAUCCAUCCUCUUUUGCUCAACAUCAUGCCUCACAAUGUACGACAUGCCCAAGAUUACGUUGCCAAGCAAGCAGGGGGUUUGUGACAAUUGCUCCUCGAAGAAUGUGCCGCAGUAUCACUUAACAAUGAGCGAUGGGACAUUGAGGAAUUUCUGUACGUAUCAGUGCGUCAUGGCGUUCCAGAGUCAAUUUGGGAAGAGACCACUGACAAUGGAUCAAGAUGACGCCUCACGUCCUGUCCCGAUGGGGUUGCCCAAGAGGGUGAAGAAUGCUCCGGCUGCGGGAGCACAGAAGGCACAGGCACCGUCACAAACGGAUUCAGCUACACCACCGGCAUCGGCUGCAGCUUCGAAAGGGGCUCAGGCAAAGCUCCCAACUGUUCCCAAGAACACACAACCAUCUGUACCUGUUAUUUCCAAGGUAACUUCUCUGUCCCCAAUGGUGACACGUACACGUGUAGGAAGACCCCCGAAGAAGGCAGCAGCAUCAGACUAUCAAUUGGGGAAUUCGGAUUAUACGCGCUUCAUGGAAGCUCAACCACGUGUUGUCCUGCAGCCCCUGCAGCGGACUGAACUGUCUCAUUUGAGCGCCCCUUCACCACCGCCGCCGCCACUGGUACGUUCCCAGCCGACCAUUCGUGUGUCGUCAUCAUCGAAGUCAGUGCAGACAAUGGCCCAACCGCCGCCUCCGCCGCGUAUUGAGCACAAGACGCAAGUUGUGACGGUGGCACCACCCCCAAAGCCCGUGGCCAACAUGUCGACAAUGUGCAAGCCACUGCAUGUGUCCAAGGGGAUUACGUGUCGCCCCAAGACGGAGGAGGCGGAAUGCCAGACGGAGGCGCAUCUCCAGCGGAAGAUUGUCAUCCCCAUCCCGGUGCCGAUGUACGUGCCCACCCCCAUGCACAUGUACUCAAUGCCAAUUCCCAUUCCCGUUCCAAUUCCCAUCCCCAUCCCCGUACCAAUCUUCGUGCCCACCACACGGAAUUCCGCCAAUGGCAUCAUGAAGGAGAUUAAGAAGAUUCAGGAUAAGAUGCCGACGGAUCCAUUUGAGGCGGAACUCCUCAUGAUGGCCGAAAUGGUGGCGGGUGACAAGAAGAAGGCGGAAAGUGAUUCGGAUUCAGAUGCCGAAGAGGAGGACACGUCAUUCCCGCCUGAACCCCUUGAGACGGGAAAUGCAUUUGGGGAGGAUAUGCUGCAGAUGGCCCUGAAAAUGGCCACGGAGUACGAGGAGCCGGCAGUUGAUCUCGAAUCGGCAAUGCAAGCUAACACAAUCACACAGGGGGCGCAUCCACAUCUCGGGGAUAGCGUUAUUGAGCAGCAAACAACACUCCACCAGCAUCAUCUUAUGCUCAUGGAACAGCAGAGGCAAAGUGAAAUGGCAGUUAGUAGUGGCAGAGGCAGGAAACGUGCCCAACCCGCAAGAAAUACGAGGCCAGCACCGGCAAAGAGGCAGAGAAGGAAUGAAGUUGUGGCUCCACCACAGCCAGAACCGCCCAGGGAGCCCGUUGAGAAGCCAGAUGCAAAUAUGUGCUUGAAGUACACAUUUGGUGUAAAUGCGUGGAAGCAAUGGGUAAUGUCGAAAAAUGCUGAUCUGGAGAAGAGUACACUGAGGCGAAAGCCCUUCAAAUCGGAUCUGCUGCAGUUGACGGCGGAUGAAUUGAAUUAUUCACUUUGUUUAUUCGUUAAGGAAGUCCGGAAGCCCAAUGGGAGUGAAUAUGCCCCGGAUACGAUUUACUAUCUUGUCUUGGGUAUACAGCAGUAUCUCUAUGAAAAUAAUCGGAUUGAUAAUAUCUUUACGGAUCCAUAUUAUGAGAAAUUCACAGACUGCCUCGAUGAGGUGGCAAGAAAAUUCUCAGUUCUCUACAAUGAUUCUCAAUACAUCGUAACGCGCGUUGAGGAGGAACAUUUGUGGGAAUGUAAGCAACUUGGGGCACAUUCACCGCAUGUCCUACUCAGUACACUCAUGUUCUUCAAUACAAAACACUUCAAUCUCACAACAGUGGAGGAACACAUGGAGCUUUCAUUUUCGCACAUAAUGAAGCACUGGAAGAGGAAUCCAAAUUCCCCAGGAGCUGCCAAAUUGCCAGGAUCGAGGAAUGUCCUAUUGAGAUUCUAUCCACCCCAAGCAAAUGUUGAUGGUAACAAUCGCAAGAAGAGGGUGUAUGAGCAGCAAGAAAAUGAACAAAAUCCCCUAAGAUGUCCCGUAAAGCUCUAUGAGUUCUACCUAUCCAAAUGUCCUGAAAGUGUAAAGACCCGAAAUGACAUCUUCUACCUGCAGCCGGAGCGUUCAUGUGUCCCUGACUCACCUGUUUGGUACUCAACGCAAGCCCUUGGUCGUGAGGCGCUCACAAAGAUGUUGCAUCGUGUUAAGAUGGUGAAGGAAAUCAACAUUGCACUUCUAACAAGCUAAGCACGUGUUCAGGAAACACUGUAAAAAAAAAACGAAGGAAGACCCCUAAAAAAAUCAAGGAUUCCUCGUAAGUCAACUGAGAGAGUUUUCUUUUUCAAUUGUGCAAGUAUAUGAGAGAGAGAGAAGUUUUAGCCAUAUAUUAUAUAUUUCAAUAUGUAGGAUGAAUCCCAUUUUUUGCUUCGAUUUUGAAGUUUCUUUUCAAGGAAGGAGAAGCACAUAAAGGACACAAAAGAGGACAAAGUGAAUUUAGAAAAAAAAGAAGAGUCCGUGAAUUAUUUUGAUGUUGUGUAAAAGAUUUAAGAAGGAAAAGAAGGGAUUAGAAGGGGGUGAAAUGUGUAAAAUGUGUAUGAAGGGUGGUGUAGAGAAAUAUGUGAGGAGAGAACACUUUCAUUUUACAAUUUUAACAAAAUAAGAAAGUUGAAGUAAUAAUUACGAUUUAAUAAUAAAAUGAGACAGAGAAUGAAAUAAAA